GAUUGAAAGAGAGGGUGAAAGUCUUGGGGAGACUUUUAGUAGUAUAAAUUUAUAUCCAACGAAGUGAGUAAUUUAGUUUUACAGUGGUAAUUUUCUGUUAAUUUUUGCUUUGUUUAGUUUCACAACAAAGUAGUACUUCAGUUUCCGUUGAUAAUUUCUUAAAACUAUUGCGUCAAAGCGUAGUUGAACGUAAUCUAAUACAUUGUUGCUUUGUUUCAGAAUAGAGGCUAACUUUUUUGAAUAAAAAAAUAUUUAGAAGUUUUGAAGUGCAAGAGAAUUAGGAAAUUUCUCAUAUAAAUAUUUCUCGAACGAGUAAUCCUAUGUCAAUAUAUAUGGACCAGAAGAUAUCGAACUCUGACUCGAGCAGUCUCUCUUAUUUUAUAUUUAAGACAAGAAAAGAAUGCUUUGAAUUCAAGUUACUGAAUAUUUAGAUAUGAUAAAGGCUGAAAAUGAUCUCCCUUUCGAAGAAAAUAAAAAACGAACCUGGUAAAAACUUUAAUGGAACAAUGAAAGCGAGUACAAGAGUUUCCAUUAGAGACAAGUUACUAAUAAAAGAAGUACAAGAAUUGGAGUCCAACUUGCCAAGUACCUGUAGAACAUAUUUUCCUAACCCAAAUGAAUUGCACAGAUUAGAAAUAACUAUUACUCCUGAUGAAGGCUACUGGUGUGGUGGAAAAUUUAAAUUUGUAAUUGAAGUCCCAGAUGAUUAUAACAUGGUUCCUCCCAAAGUCAAAUGUCUCACUCGCCUUUGGCAUCCAAAUAUUAAUGAAGAAGGUGCAAUAUGUUUAAGUCUUUUGAGGCAAAGCUCAAUUGAUGGCCUAGGAUGGGCUCCCACCAGAAGAUUAAAAGAUGUUGUUUGGGGCCUAAAUUCUUUAUUUACGGAUCUACUUAAUUUUGAUGAUCCUCUAAAUAAUCAAGCUGCAGAUCACUAUUUAAAAGAUAAAGAAGGAUUUAAAGCAAAAGUAAGGGAUUAUGUUCAACGUUUUGCAAGAAGAUGAAGUUUUCAAAUUUUAGCUGUUUAUGUAAAUAUUUUUUUCCCUCAUUGUAAAUCAUGAUUUCAUUAUACCUUUGAGCUCAUUAUCAUCUGUGUGGUCAGCAAAAUAAAAGUCCUUUAAAUUUC